UUUGUAAACCCCUCGCCUCAUUAUUCCAAUAUUAGGUUAACAAGCCUUGCCCUAUACACGAUGGCUUCUGUAUUAAAGAACUUCCUGGGUGUCAAAGCGACCACAAAUGACAACAUAUGCCCGGUGUCUCCGGAGAAGACCGCUGUAAGAGCUCUUCCCGCUGUAUGGUACACAUCACCAGAGCUCUACGAGCUUGAACGACGGGCAAUCUUCUCCAAGAAAUGGUUACUCAUCACGCACAUACUACGACUCCCCGACACUGGUAGUUGGUCUCGCUACAAUAGUGCGGGGUAUCCCUUUAUUCUUGUCCGAGGCCAUGGUCGACACAUACAGGCAUUCCAUGAUAUAUGGUCUCAUGAUUUUACCGAUGAACUGGCACAAGCCUUAAUCUCCGGGGGUUGCGAAGACAACACCAAACCCAGAACUUUCCAUGUCCAUCUGGAUGCGAAUGGCUUUAUCUGGGUAAACAUGGACGCUGGCAAGCAGCCUGAGAUCUCGUGGGAGAAGGAUUUCAAAGGUAUCGACCUGCAGCCUCGAUUCGAAGAUGUCAACUUCGAGGAUUACCGUUUUGAUCACAUCUGGGGGAUGGAUGGGCCUUAUAACUGGAAGAUUCUUGCGGAUAACUAUAACGAGUGUUACCACUGCCCGACGGCACAUCCUGACGCACAAUCAAUAGCCGAUCUCGAAGCCUAUUCAGUUGACACUGUGGACGGGUCGAUCGUUCACUUUGCCAACACCAAGCCAGAGCAAAUCGAACGGGGUCUGAAGAUUGCCAGCACCUACUAUUUCCCCAACGCGUCCAUGACGGUAACGCCGCAUUUCUUCUUUAUGCAACGAGUUGUCCCGACCUCACCCACCACCUGCGAGAUGCGCUACGAAGUGUACCGGAAUAAACACUCCAGCGAGGAGGAUUUCCAGUUGAUCAAUGAGAUGUAUAAGCGAAUUAUGACCGAAGACAAAUAUCUCUGUUCUGAGGCACAGAAGAAUAUCGGUAGGGGUGUCUUUGUCAAUGGUCUGCUUCAUCCCAGAAUGGAGAAGGGGCCGCUAUAUUUCCAAGCUGUUGUACGAGACCUUCUGUAUGAGCACUUUGAUCGUGAGAAGGAUGCGGGAAAGCAGAUUUGGCCUGCUUGGACUUGA